AUGAAUAAGGUCACCAUUGUUGGUAGUGGCAAUUGGGGCAGUGUUGCGGCAAAGCUUAUUGCAUCCAACGCCAUCAAGCUGAGUAACUUCCAUGAUGAAGUGAGGAUGUGGGUAUUUGAAGAAACUUUACCAAGUGGGGAGAAACUCACAGAUGUCAUCAACAAAACAAAUGAAAAUGUUAAGUAUCUUCCAGGUGUAAAGCUUGGUAAAAAUGUUGUUGCAGAUCCAAACCUUGAAAGAGCAGUUAAGGAUGCAAAUAUGUUGGUAUUUGUAUCACCACAUCAAUUCAUGGAAGGAAUAUGCAAAAGGCUUGUUGGGAAAAUAAGGACAGAUGCAGAGGGGAUUUCCCUUGUAAAAGGCAUGGAGGUUAAAAAGGAAGGUCCAUGCUUGAUAUCUACUUUAAUAUCCAAUCAAUUGAGAAUCAAUUGUUCUGUUUUAAUGGGAGCCAAUAUAGCUAAUGAGAUUGCCAUGGAGAAUUUUAGUGAGGCAACAGUUGGAUACAGGCAAAACAAAGAAGCUGCAGAGAAAUGGGUUCAGUUGUUCAAUACUCCUUAUUUUAAUGUGACAUCUGUUCAGGAUGUUGAAGGAGUAGAAAUGUGUGGAACCUUGAAAAAUAUAGUAGCUGUAGCUGCAGGUUUUAUUGAUGGCUUGGAAAUGGGAAAUAACACAAAAGCUGCAAUCAUGAGAAUUGGUUUGAAAGAGAUGAUAGCAUUUUCAAAAUUGUUAUUUCCAUCUGUUAAGGACAGUACCUUUUUUGAGAGUUGUGGUGUAGCUGACCUUAUCACAACAUGCAUGGGUGGAAGAAAUAGGAAAGUUGCUGAGGCUUAUGCAAAAAAUAGGGGAAAGAGGUCUUUCGAUGAACUUGAAGCAGAGAUGCUUAAAGGCCAGAAAUUGCAGGGCGUGUUAACUGUGAAAGAGGUUUACGAGGUUCUAACCGCUCGUGGAUGGGUAGAGAUGUUUCCUCUCAUAACAGCAGUGUAUAAAAUCAGCUCAGGUCUCCUUCCACCAUCAGCUAUAGUUGAAUUCAGCAAUAACAGUCACAACCGUGUACAAAGCAGGCUAUAGAUGUCCGUCAAUCAUCAUAAUCAUCUGUCGAAGCCUAGAACGUUGUGGCGACUCGGGCUCAGAGGAAAUCAAUUCUUGUUAUUUGAAGUUCAUGUCAAGUCACACAUUUUCAACUGCAAGUAACUAACAGAUGCAAUAUAGACUUAGAUACAGGAAACAAUCAUUUGGAUCUCUCCAUUGAUUAUUUCCCAUUUUUGAAAAUGUUAACCAAAUUAUUUAUUUUGAUACCCAAUGUAGUGUAACUUUUUUGAGAUUGUGCAAGUUACA